UUGUGUGUGUGUGCGUUUCCAUGGGGAGCAGUCGCGCGCACACACACGCGCCUUUCCUAAGAGCUAGGUUAGAUAGGCUACUACUAUCUGAGGAAACGUCGUGCUAUCAACAGAGCCAGACAACCACAGAGGAAAGGAGCUACACCCUUUAAAUGGAUCCCAGAGGCACGGUGUCAACUCUUGGCUGACAUACAUCACCUGGCUCCAACGUUUCUAACAACGGAUCAGUUACUGCAAGAUGGAACUUCAAGAACUGAAGGAAAGUUAACAAGCCGAUGAAACCGCCUUGAGAGAUGAUGAAUCGGUACACCACCCUGAAGCAGCUGGGUGACGGCACCUACGGCAGCGUGCUGAUGGGGAGAAGCAACGAGUCUGGAGAGUUUGUGGCUAUCAAGAGAAUGAAGAGGAAGUUUUAUUCCUGGGAUGAAUGUAUGAACCUAAGAGAGGUCAAGUCUCUGAAGAAACUGAACCACGCGAAUGUGGUGAAACUGAAGGAGGUGAUCAGAGAGAACGAUCACCUCUACUUCGUCUUCGAGUAUAUGAAGGAGAACCUCUACCAGCUUAUGAAGGACAGAGAGAAUAAGAUGUUCUCAGAGAAUGAAAUUAGGACCAUCAUGUUUCAAGUGGUGUCUGGGUUGGCUUUUGUACAUAAGCAUGGUUUCUUUCAUCGAGACAUGAAGCCAGAGAAUCUGCUGUGCAUGGGACCAGAACUGGUCAAAAUAGCAGAUUUUGGACUGGCCAGAGAGAUCCGCUCCAAACCUCCCUACACAGACUAUGUAUCAACCAGAUGGUACCGAGCUCCAGAAGUCCUGCUCAGGUCGUCUACCUACAGCUCUCCUAUUGACCUGUGGGCCGUGGGCUGCAUCAUGGCUGAACUCUACACUCUCAGACCUCUUUUCCCCGGGAACAGUGAAGUGGAUGAGAUCUUUAAGAUCUGCCAAGUCCUAGGCACCGUCAAAAAGACGGAUUGGUCAGAGGGCUACCAACUAGCAUCUGCUAUGAACUUUCGCUUCCCCCAAUGUGUGCCGACCCACCUGAAGACCCUCAUCCCUAAUGCCAGCAACGAGGCCAUCACCCUGAUGCGGGACCUGAUGCAAUGGGAUCCCAAAAAAAGACCCACGGCUGUACAAGCCCUGCGUUACCCGUACUUCCAGGUGGGCCAGAUCUUAGGGCCUCGUCCUCAGAGCCAGGAGGUCAAGAAGGUCCAGGCCAGGCCGCCGGUCCAGAAGCAGGUCUCAGAGUCCAAGGCUGAUCCCCAGCAGUCUUCAUCUGAGUCCAAAGCCUCCGCAUCCUCCUCCAGAAACCAACAGCAGCAGCAUCAGCCCCUUCAGCAGAUCCCCCUUCCCCAAACUGAGAGUAAACCAGGAAGCCUCAGCCAUGCAAAAGCAGCGUCGCUGGGCAGUGAGAACAGCGUUGGUGGUGGUGGUGGUGGUGGUGGUGGUGGUGGGAUGGGGGUGCUGAAGAGUGGCCGUCGUCGCUGGGGCCAGACGGUGGCCAAGACCUCAGACAGCUGGGAGGAAUUGGACCCGUCGGAAACCGCCGCCUCCAACUCCAAGAAACCCAGCCUGGGGAACGCAGAGGAGGAGAGGGGCCCUAAGGAGCACCGCCCACAGCCCAAAGAGCAGAAACCUCUGUAUUCCUUCAGCACGGUCACUAAGCUACCCAACAAUGUUAAGAUCAGCCAAAUGGACUCCAACGUCCCAGGAUCUGCUGCACGGCAGCACUAUCUGAGCCAGUCACGAUACUUGCCAGGGUUGAUCGGCAAGAAUCAGACUUCUGGAGAUAAGGAGCUGAGUGGUAUGACGCUGCGGGACCUGUGGGAGAACUCCUCCAACACUGUAAAUAAACCGCUCGCUCCUAUUGGAGGGGGAUUAGCUGUCGCCAGAGCCAACGCAGAAGAGAAUGCCUCUAAAUCUGAGGAUAGCCCACCAGAGAAAACUGUCGUUAAAGAACGAAUACUGGAGAAAAUCGAUCUCUCCAAAGGGAACUUUGUGAGCACCAAAUACAACCUCUCUGGUGGUUAUAUCCCCUCAGUCCAGAAGAAAGAGGUGGGCUCAGUGGGGCAGAGGAUCCAGCUCGCCCCGUUGGCGGGCCAGCACACAAUCAAUCUUUGUUCUUCUCCUCCUGAUAAUAAAAAAGACAAAUCGAAAUCUGCAAAGUCCAAGCCUGUAUCCAACUCAUCUUUGAGCGAAACUAAUGAAGAUUACGACGGCUGGAAGAGGAGGGCGGACAGGACUCAGAUGAAGGGCAGCAGCUACUCAGCCCUUGGGAAAACCUCUGGGAAUCUCCUGACCAGAGCUCCUCCAGUACAGCCCGUACACGGCAGGGUGGACUGGACAUCCAAAUACGGUGGAACUCGGUAGUUCAGAAAGAAUUGUACAGCUUCUCUUUGGCUAAGGAAGGUAACUCUAAUCAGAGUUUUAAGCACACUCAAACUUGGAGGAAAUGCUGUAUGUUCCCUGAAACUAAAUCCAUUGUGGAGGUAGCUGGUAGAGGACAAAACGUAGUCACAACAGAUGUACAUCCCACGUUCUUCGAGGAGACAUUUUUCAUGCCAAAAUGGCAUCAUUGUGUUUCCAGAGAUGUAACUGUAAUUGUGCAUGGAGUCUCCAUGUUUUUGGAGAUGACGGUUGCCAUGACGCAGAACCAAGACUGAUGCUGUCUGCAAGACAAUCCCACUGUAUUCCUGAAGGAUCCAGUGUGAGCCAAUUCUUCUGUUAGUGUUGUUGGGGUAUUCUGAGUAGGAUUUUAAUUGUAGCAUAGCUUUUCAUUUUUAUACUCGUCUAGUUUAUGAUCAUUGUCAAGUAUUGUUUUACUACAGAUGACAAAGCAUAACAUUUAUUAAUACCUUUUGCAAUGCUAUGUCCCCCUCUGCUUUUAUUCUCAUAAAAAAUUGUCAGUGUAACAGCUACAAAAAUACUUAUUCUGUGUACCGUAAGACACCUCUUUGUAUUAUGUAACUGAACAUUUUGUAAACCUUUUAUACAAAUAAAUAUGAAAGUUCAUAAUGCAUUCGUUCAAAAAA